AAUCGAUCGAAUCGUUUCGUUUCUUUCGAACUUAUCGACUUGUGAUGUCAACACAAGAAACGCCUCAAAUAAAUUUCAAUAUUUCCAUUUGGAGCAAAAAAAGAAAUGUUUUUACCCUGACAGUGAACUAUGAUCAUUACAACACUUAUCAAUAUAAGUAAAAAUGCUGACUAUUUUUAGUGAUGAGUGUUGGCCAAUAAAAAGGAAAUUCAAAAGUCUACUACGCGGUGAUAAUGUGUGUCAAAUAUAGUGCUAUAAUACUCCAUAGAAGGUGUGGAGAAUCGUGAACCUACCUAGUUUUGAGUACUGAAUUGUGAUAAAGUAGUGCCAAUGGCUUUAAAUGAGUGGUUCUCUCGGUUCUUUCACAACCACAACGUCAUGGCGCCGUUCCAAAGGUUCUACCGGGCCAUGGUCCUGAAAAUGAACCAACAUGAGGACGAGGCGACCACGUCCGGCGUGACCGACGGCGCGCCAUGCGACCAGCAGAACCGGGUCAUCUUCAUGAACAGCCAGCAGCCGAUCAAGUUCGUCUCCAACAGAAUAUCCACCGCCAAAUACAGUGUGCCGUCGUUCAUUCCGCUGUUCCUGUUCGAGCAAUUCCGCCGCUACUCGAACUGCUUCUUCCUGCUGAUCGCGCUGCUGCAGCAGAUCCCCGACGUGUCGCCCACCGGCCGCUGGACCACGCUCACGCCCCUCAUACUCAUACUCAGCGUCAGUGCCAUCAAAGAGAUUGUCGAAGACUUUAAACGGCACCGUGCGGACGAUGAGACGAACAGACGGAAAGUGGAGGUGCUGCGCGAGGGUCGCUGGGAGAGGAUCCGGUGGGAGCGGCUGCAGGUCGGCGACAUAUGCAAGGUGAUCAACAACCAGUUCUUCCCCGCUGACCUCAUAUUGCUCGCGUCCAGCGCGCCGCAGGGCAUGUCGUUCAUCGAGACGUCCAACCUGGACGGCGAGACGAACCUGAAGGUGCGGCAGGCGCAGGCGGAGACGGCGCGGCUGGACACGGCGGCCGAGCUGGCCGCCUACCGCGCCACCGUGCAGUGCGAGCCGCCCAACCGACACCUCUACGAGUUCAACGGCAGUUUGAAGCCCACUAAUACUAAGGCGAUCCCCCUGGGCCUGGAACAGAUGCUGCUGCGCGGCGCCAUGCUGCGGAACACGUCGUGGGUACACGCGCUGGUCGUGUACACGGGACACGAGACCAAGCUCAUGAAGAACUCCACCAAAGCACCCCUGAAGCGUUCGUCGAUCGACCGCCAGACGAACACGCACAUCCUGAUGCUGUUCAUCAUCCUGCUGGCGCUGUCGCUGCUCAGCGCCAUCUUCAACGAGCUCUGGAUGCGCUCGCACAACGACUGGUACAUCGGCCUCGAAGAGGCACAGAACGCCCACUUCGGCUUCAACUUCCUCACGUUCCUAAUAUUGUACAACAACCUGAUACCUAUAUCGCUGCAGGUCACCGCUGAAAUUGUACGAUUUUUUCAAGCGAAAUUCAUAGCGAUGGACAGUGAGAUGUACCACGAGGCGACAGACACGCCGGCGAUGGCGCGGACGUCCAACCUGAACGAGGAGCUGGGCAUGGUGAAGUACAUCUUCAGCGACAAGACCGGCACGCUCACGUGCAAUGUUAUGAAGUUCCACAAGUGCUCCAUAGGAGAGAUUAUUUACAAUCGUCCGGGACCAAAUGAGAAAUUGGAAGACACGUUGUUGUAUCAGAAUCUGACCAAGAACCACCCCACAGCACCCAUCAUCGAGGAGUUUCUCACGAUGCUAGCCAUCUGCCACACUGUUAUACCAGAACAGCGGAAUGGAAAAAUCGAAUAUCAGGCUGCUUCACCAGACGAGCGCGCGCUGGUGGCGGGCGCGGCGGCGUUCGGGUUCGUGUUCGAGGCGCGGUCGGCGGGCGGCGUGGCCGUGCGCGCGCGCGGCCGCGCGCUGCACUACAAGGUGCUGCACGUGCUCGACUUCACCUCCGCGCGCAAGCGCAUGUCCGUCGUCGUCAGGACGCCCACAGGCGAGAUCAAGCUGUACUGCAAGGGCGCGGACUCGGUGAUCUACCCGCGGCUGGCGGGGGGCCGCUCGGCGCCGCUGGCCGACACCACGCUCGCACACCUGGAACACUUCGCCGCCGAGGGGCUGAGGACGCUCGUGUUCGCCGUCACCGACAUAUCGGAACAGUUCUACCAGGACUGGUCAAACACAUACCACAAGGCGAGCAUAGCGAUACAGGACCGCGAGCAGAAAAUAGAGGAAGCAGCGCUGCUCAUCGAGAACAACCUGCGGCUGCUCGGCGCCACCGCCAUCGAGGACAAGCUGCAGGAAGGCGUGCCGGAGACGAUCUCGGCGCUGCUGCGCGCGAACAUCUACGUGUGGGUGCUGACCGGCGACAAGCAGGAGACCGCCAUCAACAUCGCGCACUCCGCCCACCUCAUCCACCCCUCCAUGCCGCUGCUCGUGCUCAACGAGGACAGCCUCGACGGUACUCGCGAAACGAUAUCCCGGCAAUCGAUGGAGUUCGGCGAAAACCUGCGCAAGCAGAACGAGGUGGCGCUCAUCAUCGACGGCAAGACCCUCAAGUACGCGAUGGGCUGCGACCUCAAGAAGGACUUCCUCGACCUGUGCAUCUCGUGCAAGGUCGUCGUCUGCUGCCGCGUCUCGCCAAUACAGAAGGCUGAGGUGGUGGAGAUGGUGUCGGCGGCGACGGGCGCGGUGACACUGGCCAUCGGCGACGGCGCCAACGACGUCGCCAUGAUCCAGCGCGCGUCCGUCGGCGUCGGCAUCUCCGGCGUCGAGGGGCUGCAGGCCGUCUGCGCUUCCGACUACAGCGUCGCACAGUUCCGCUUCCUGCUGCGGCUGCUGCUGGUGCACGGCGCGUGGAACUACUCGCGGAUCAGCAAGCUCAUCCUUUACUCCUUCUACAAGAACAUCUGCCUCUAUGUCAUCGAGCUCUGGUUCGCCAUAUACUCAGCGUGGUCCGGUCAGAUCCUGUUCGAGCGCUGGACGAUAGGUUUCUACAACGUGAUAUUCACCGCACUCCCGCCAUUCGCCAUUGGACUCUUCGACAAGCUAUGCUCGCCCGAAAUCAUGUUAAGGCACCCGGUGCUGUACAUCCCGUCGCAGCAGGGGCUGCUGUUCAACGUGCGCGUGUUCUGGGUGUGGGCGGUGAACGCGCUGCUGCACUCGGUGCUGCUGUUCUGGCUGCCCGUGCUACUCACCUCGCACCACGUGCUGUGGCCCGACGGCCGCGACGGCGGCUACCUCGUGCUCGGCAACAUCGUCUACACGUAUGUGGUGCUGACAGUGUGCCUGAAGGCGGGUCUAGCCACGCACUCGUGGACCUGGGUCACCCACGUCGCCAUUUGGGGCUCCGUCGCCAUGUGGUUCAUAUUUAUCCUCGUAUACAGUAACUUGUACCCGCUGGUGUUGAUCGGCGCCGUGAUGCGCGGCAUGGACCGCAUGGUGUUCAGCUCGCUCGUGUUCUGGCUGGGGCUGGUCCUCAUCCCCAUCGCCACUCUCAUACCGGACCUAGUCGUCACUGUCAUCCACAACUCAGCGUUCAAGACGAUGACGGAGGCGGUCCGCGAGAGCGAGAUCAAGCAGCGCGACCCCGCCGCCCUGCUCGCGAACUCGAGGCCCUCAUGGACGUACGCCACUCUCAUAAGUGGGCAGACGGUGGUCAAAUGCGGCCGCGAGGGGAGCGACGCGCGCCACGCGCUCGUGCGGCUCGCGCAGUCCUCACGGAGACGGCGCGGCUGCUGCAGAACGUUCGCAGCGUGUUCAGCCGGCGCUCCGCCACGCGCGCCACCAUGGAGCUUGAGCUGUCGCAUGGGUUCGCGUUCUCGCAAGAGGAGGGCGGCUCGGUGUCGCAGGCGGAGGUGGUCCGCGCGUACGACAGCGGGCGCGGCGGCAGGCCGAGCGCGGCCGCCUCCUGAGCUGACGCCGCGCGGCGCCGCUCGCCGCUCUUCACCAUCUGCUGAGCCCGGGGGCCACACACACACAUUAUACGCGUACAAAAUGUUCUCUUACAUUGUGUAACAUACGUAACACCAAAACGGUGACUCGCACUCGCUCCGCGAGUACAGCCUCUCUACGUAACCUUUAUUUUUCAUAUUUCAACUUAUUUCUCUCAUCACACACACACACAUGUAUCGGAGGACGUAUAGUGUCUAUAUAUCUACUUUUAUAUUUACAGUAGUAUGUAUGUUUAAAGUAUUUUUAGAUAAUACUGUGACUUUAUUGUCGUGGGAACAUGGUCGAAUAUAUUGAUAGUCGGACACAGGGAAAGCUAUCCUUACACGCAUUGUAUUGUACGAUUUGAUGGGUGUUCAGGUACGUAUUAAUAAUUUACCUAUGGGUAUUUUACUGAUGGUAGCUGUUGAGACAAAGUCAUGUUUGUGCAUAUUUGAACUGUGUUCUUUACCGGUUCACCUUUUUUAAACUUGGAAUAACAUAUUUUGUUAGAGAAAUCAUUACGCGAUGCCACAAACCCGACAUAAAGUGCUUUAUGAAUAAUUUAAAAAUCUUAGGCUAACAAUAUUAUUGAUGUGAAAUACAUGUACGUGGCCUAUUUUCAUAUAUUUUGCAAUGAUACAAUGUAUAUAGUUACUACGUGUAUAUGUAUGUAUGCAAAGAUUUGCCAGUGACCGGUGACCGGUUGCGAAGCAAACAUACGUUCUUAUUUAGGCGGAAAACUGCCACGCAACACAACGCUGCAACGUGACGUGUAACUGUACGGUUAAAUUUCAUCGUAUGAGUGGUUUUAAAAUUUAUUAACGCCUUAUUGCAGUAGAUGAUUGUACACGCUGUGUUUACAGACUAUCUCGUAAUUUUCAAAUACAAAAAGCAUAUAGCGAUCACGCGCGUGACGACACCACACGUCACGUAUCAAGCGCCGAAGUAUGGUGUUAAACCUUACGCGCGCACAUUUAUAGUAGAAACAAGUGCUAAACUCUCUUGUGAACACCUCUAAGUUGUUAUGUAAACUAUGUCAAUACGGUGGUACCUCGAUAUACAAGUGUUUUGAGAUACAAGCCGCCGAGCGAGCGAUAUUUUGCUUUGAGAUGAGAGAGAUUGAGAUACGAAGAAUCGUACACUACACCGCUGCACACGCGGGGUGGACGUUGAUGUCCAACAGUUUCUCCCACCUCCGACUAACACUUAACAAAAACAACUGAGGUGGUUUUUUGGGAGUACGGAUUAAUGGCAUUUUAAUUCAUUUCAAUGGGGAAAAUUGCUUCGAGAUGCGAGCAAUUUGACAUACGAGCAAGGUUACGGAACGAAUUAAACUCAUAUGUAGAGGUACCACUGUAUUUUGUCACAUGUGCAUAUAGAGACACGUGAUAGUUCACGCGCCGCGUUUUAACGCGCGUGGUGCGUGGUGCGUGCUGCGUGGCAGUGAAUAUUCCACCUUAGUACAUAAAUAUACGACGCUGUACUGUGAUGUCGCUUUGUGUGUAGGUACAAACAAUCGAUUACUAAUUAUAUACUUGUUUACAUCGUUUCGUUACUAGAAUAAUUUAUUAACCGUUACCGUUUGUUCUCUGUUAAAAUUAUUUACGCCUAUUCUGUAAUGUAUCCACUAAACUCCACUACUAGAGUUAUAUCUAUACAAAUAUCCUAAAUUUUAGAUUUAAUUAAAGUAUAUUCAUAAAUUGGAAUUUUAUCUAAAAUUUGAGCACUUUAGAUCUGUUUGAGGUAAUAGAGCACUGAUUUAAUUUAUUGGCACGAAGAAAAACCAUUUUGCGUCUUCAUAGCUAGUCAAUGGCAAAAUUGGUAUUGUCUUGAAAUUCACAACUAUACCUUCACCUAAUAAACAUAAUAAUUGCCCUCUACACCUGUAUAUCCAACAUUGCCGCCAUUACGCCAGAGAUCUACAAAUUUACUCGAAUGAAAAAUGAAUAUAUAAUAUUUACUAAAAUAAUUGUGAUAUAUAACUUGGUGAAACUAAAAAUUUUCAGAGUCUUUACAAAGGUCGACUGCUAGUAUUUUUAAACGACUUGUAACUAAUAUUUAUCACAUUAUACCUCGUAACAGUUUAUUAUUGUUAACUGUUAACUCGACUAAGGUUAUUUCAGCGUGCACGAGACGCGGCCUCUUGCUUCGAUAGGUUGUAAAAAUUGUAAUUACUCGUUAUUUAUUAUAGUUGUAAGCUUUUAUCUUCAGCUCGGUGCGUGUCGAUCUGUUAUAGUUUACAAGAGAAUUGACUGUUGACGAUUUGAUUUACAGUACUUAGGUGUAAUUAUAUUUUAAUCUAAAAAAAAAUGAGCUAACUUGACCACUAGGAGAACUUCGUCAAAACAUACGUAUUUUUUUUUACAACACGGGGCAAAAGAGCAUGCGGCUCACCUGAUGGUAAGUGACUACCGCCGCCCAUGAUCACCCAUAACACCAACGGCAUCGCAGGUGUGCUGCCGACUUUUCAAAAAGGAAUAUGCUCUUUUUUUAAGGUUAUGUUGUCGUAUACAUUACUAACAAAAAUAAAUAAUUUAAAAACCAAGUGGAAACCUCACCAAAGUUUGUAUCUUACAGGACAAUCUAUAAUGUGAGUAUUACAAACGUAUUGGAGUCUGCAUCAUUUUUUUUUUAAACACAAUACAUAAAUAAAUGGUCAUUAUAGCUCAUUGUUAUGAGUUACAAUUAGAAAAACAAACUGAAUUAAUACGUAUUGUCUUAUAAUUAUGUUGUGAUGGAAUUGUUUUCUUUUAACUGUCUAUAAUACAUUUUUUUUUUAGUACGUAUGUUCCAUUGUGGAACAGGCUAAGGUCGGAGACCAUGCUGCCUAGUCUUCAAUAUGAUAUAUUGUCUGGAAUUGUUUAUAUUAAUUAUUAAUCUUUUUUUUAAAUUUAUUAUGGCAGUAUCUAAAUCUUUAACAAUAAGUCAAACACGAAAUAAAGUCUAGUCUUUCCAAAUUAGAAAAUGUAUUGUCGUUUGUUUGUAGAAAUUAUUAACUUUAUAACAGCAAUCAAUUGUAUAUUUUUUUUUUUAUAUAUAUAAAGUUUCGUAUUCGUCAUAAUUAACCUAGAUUAGUUUAGUUGGUUAUACCACAUAACCCUUCUUUGCAUAAUGGUGAAAAUUUCCAUCAUGACAUUGAAUGCCCAAAAAUUAUAUAAAAGAACCGGUUCACUUUAAGUUGAUCGUGUCUGGAUACCUUUUUAAUGUCCAUCGCAGGAAAAAAAACAUACCUGUCAAAUUUAUUUUUUUUAACCAUUUUUCCUUUAAUUUUGAACAUGAAUUAUAUCACCAUGGUUUGUUUCACCAGUAAAAAAAAAUCAUGCAAAGAAGGGCUAAAUGGCGAGACAAGUUUACUAUGACACCGUCUACAUCUCGAAAUAUUUCAUAUAUUAUUUAUGAAUAUAUAAGAAAGGCUAAGUAUAUGUUUGUUCUCUGCAAUCUUUCAAGUACAUCGAUGGCAGCUGCAUUAAUUAAUUGUUUAUAUACAUUCUAGAUAUAAUAUAAAAUAAAUCAUUUACUAUGAAGUUUUAUAAACAAAUCGAAAUAAUGUUAUUACUAAUUUAUUCACAAUGUUAUUUUUGUUAGUACAAUUUUAAGUUGUUUUAGGAUAUUAAGCUAUAUUUUUAAAAUGGUCGGCUAUUAUUGUUUUUUUUUUUUAUAUUUUACAUACUUGGACUAAAACGUUAUAAGAAUUAUUUAAGAAAUCGUUCAUAAACCAUCGUAUCUACAAACUUCUGAUACGCUACUCAUACAAAACUGUGUAUCGUUCAUCCCUCCAUCAUGGUACGAGACUUCAAAUAUAAAAUUAAUAACUAAUUUAAUAAAUAAAUUAUUUUUACACCUACUCAUUUUACUACUACAAAUUUUUUAUCUGUGUACAUAGUUAAUUUGUCAAUAGGACUUUCUUGAAAAUAGAAUAAAUGUCUCUUGCUAACUUAAUGUUGCAAUGUCAGUUAAAUAUAACCCUAUAUUUAAAACACAUUCAUUUUUUAAAGAUGUCUAUAUAUAUGUCUAUAUAUCUUUUCUCAUGUGACUUCAAUCACAGCCACUAUGACAUCCAAAUAGCCCCUUAGUCCUGACAUUCGACACUUAUCAUUAAUUAAAACAACUUUGGGGACCAACGCGACUGUCAAUUGUUCGUGGUUGCAUUUGUGUAGAUAAAAGCGUGAUUGUAAAAUGUUAUUUUUCAAAAACUAUUGAAAUCCAAAAUAAUAGAGUCGAUUCUUAAAUGCCUUUUAAAUUUUUCAAUCUAUCUCUAGAAUUAAAAUUUUAAUCUUAAAGUAAUCUCCGAUUUCGACCUCAUUGACGCAGUGAUGAUGAGCACAUUGCUUGACGUAAAUAAGGGCCCGGAUUCGAUUCCCGAUCAAACCAAUUUAGAAAAUGAACUUUUCUGAAAUCCACUAUUUUUAAUUUCUCCGGCAUUCCGGAACAUACAGGCAAAAUUUCUAAAAAACAUUGUCUUGGUUUCUAUUGAUCUUAUGAAGACCCAAAUCGAUGUUUCUUUUUUAAAUAAGUUUUAUUGGUAAGAAUAUAGAUUACCAGAAACAAAAAAGCAAAUUUGAAAUCUAUUACAAAUUUAAUUAAUACUGCUCCUUAGAAUAAUAACUUCACUAUAGUAAUUUGUUAUUACAAAUUGAAAUUUUUAGAUUUUUAGAGUUAGAAAAUGGCGUGUCAGAAUCGACUGUAUUGUUCUAUUAUGUAUGCAUUAUCUACAGUGAAAAAGGUAUUAGUUUAUGUUAUGGUAUGAAAUAAAAAUUGAACAAUCUCGUAUAUAAUGUGUAGGUAGGUACAUCAGAUUUCAUAUAAGUUUCACAGUCCAAAAGGAGGAAUGAAAAAGAGUAUGUAAAUUUUUAUGCUAUCAAUUUAACCUUUAAAAGCCUGAUUUUUUAAAUCAAAUUAAAAAAUAUAUAAGUGCACCCUUUACUGUGUUUACUAAUGGGGAAAAAUAGUAAAAAAAAAUCAAAACGAUAUUUUUAUAUAUUUAUUUCGAAAAAAAAAAACAUUUCGUAUCAUUUUUGAUACUUUAAGCAUAACGGUAAUCAAAAUAUUUUAAUUUAUUUAACAAUGAAACAAUGCAAACCGCUGUAUCAAAUUUGAAACUUCAGGUAUUUAAGUGUUAAGACAGUAGGCUUGUCCAACAUUAACAAUCCUAUUAGAAAAUUUUUAAAAAUAGUUAAUAGUAUAUUGCAAAAUUAAAUAUAACACUCCACUAUUUAAUUAUUUGUCACAAUAUCUACUUAAUGUAGUCGACGAGUGUGCGGCGUCUCGUGGGCGUAUUAAUGUUGUAAGUGAAGAUGUGAAUGUAACAGAAAUAAAUUAUAUAAUUUGUUCUCGUUCUUUA